GGCCGCGCGGGGCGGGGGUGGGGGUCGCGUUGGAGUAGUACCGAGCCCGACCGGACCUUACCGAGCCCGACCGGACACCAGCCUACGGAAGGGGCCAGGGCCCGGCUCAGCUACACCACUGGCACUGCAGUCCGCCGGGGCGCGGCGGCCCCAGUGCUCCCCACUCCACAGGCGGCCCCACAGGCACCGGCGACGCCCCGUUCCCCUUCCCGCCAGCCGUGUGCCGUCAUCCCGGUGCGGUGCAUCACUGAGCCCCCGCCGUCCUUCCCGCACGGCGAGCCUCGCCUUUAGCAACUGCCGCGUCUCCCCGAAGAGUGGGUCGGUGCCGGUGCCAUGAAGGAGGACAGCGAGCGCCCCGUCGCCCUGGGUUACGCCAUCACCAAACCCGACAUCCUGGCCGAGGUCGAGCGAGGGGAGGAGGUGGCAGCGGCAGGGCGCUACGGGGAGCAUCGGAGCCCCCGGCCACGUGCAGCACCCACCGGCCUUUCCCAGGGGGACUGGCUGGGGAAGGAGGUGAAGAGCGAGGAGGGGGUAUCCCCACCACCUGGUUCCCCCCCAUCCUGCCACACCGGCCCCAGCGACAUCCUCGUUCCGCUGCGGGAGCAGGGCUGCAGCUACUGCGGUGUCAUCGAGCCGGAGCCAAAUCCUGGUGCCGGUAACAGUGGUUUCAGCACCCCAUCCACUGCCUUCGAGAGCCGCCGCUGCCGGACAGGAGAGCCGCUGCUCGAGUGCACCGAGUGCGGCCGCAGUGUCGGGCAAAAGCCAGACCUGGUGCGGCACCGUUUGGCACAUGGCGGGGAGCGGAGCUACGCCUGUGGCCGAUGCGGGAGAGGCUUCACUGAGCCCGUGGGGCUGGGGGCCACGGGCAGUCCUAUGUGCCGCCCGUCUCCGUGUGCCGGCCGCUCCACAGGCACAACUGAGGGGGGUACAUCAACACCACGGAAGGAGCGGAAGGAGCUGUCGCUGACCGAGAAGGUGCGGGUGCUGGAGAUGCUGGAGGGCCCCAAGGUGUCGCAGAGCGAGCUGGCCAAGCGCUUUGGGGUGUCACAGCCUCAGAUCUGCCGCAUUAUCAAGAACAAGGAGCGGAUUCUGAGCGAGUGGCACCGCAAUGGUGAUCCUGAGCGCAAACGCAAGCGGGAGGGGAAGGAUGCGGCCCUCGAGGCUGCCCUGCUGCGCUGGGUGGAGAGUGCCCCUGCCUCUGACCUGCCCAUCAGCGGCUCAGUUCUCCAGCUCAAGGCCAAACACCUUGCCGAGGCACUGGGCCGGCCCACCUUGGAGCCCAGUGGCAGCUGGCUGGCUCGCUUCGAGGCACACCAUAGCCUUGCCUUCAAGAAACCGCCGUCAGAGAAGGGGGACACAGAGCAGCCUGCGGCCGAGCAGUGGGCUGGCGCCGUGCUGCCCAGCCUUCUCCGGAGCUAUGCCCCCUCUGAGAUCUACGCCUGUGGGGAGACAGGCGUCCUCCUCCUGGCCAGCUCCCCCAGUAGGGGUGAGAGUGACGGCGACCGGCUGACACUUCUGCUCUGCACCAACGCCAACGGCUCGGAGAAGAUCCCACUGUGGGUCGUGGGGGAGAACCCCAGACCCCACUGCCUGCGUGGAAUCAACCUGCAGCAGAUGCCCUGGAAUUACCACUCCAGCAGCCUGGCUAAUAUGACCGCCUCGCUGUUCACUGAGUGGCUUCGGGACUUCAACGAGGGGAUGCGGCACCAGGGGAAGAGCAUACUCCUCCUCCUCACUAAGCACGAGGCCCACCCCUACCUCCAGCUCUCCAACGUCAGGAUGGUCUUUGUCCCAGUAGCCACUACCCUGGCCCAGCCCAUGGACCACGGCAUCACAAGCAACUUCAAGGACCACUACCGGCGCCGGUUGCUGAGGUGGCAGCUGGCAGAAUGUGGCACGGGGCAGCUGACCCUCCUGGAUGUCUUACACAUGCUGGCACAAGCCUGGGGCGAUGUGCGCCCAGGGCUCAUCACCAACUGCUUCCGUGCUGCUGGCCUCGGCCUCAACACCAGCACCGAGGCCCCAGCACCCAGCCUGCUCAGCCUGGAGCACCGUGUGCUGAUGGACCAAGAGCUGGAGCGUGAUGGGGAGCCCGUGGAUGGGGCUGAGGGGAUGGUGGAGGGCGAGGACACGGCAGAGCCGGCGGUGCAGCCCUGCCCCUCGGAGCGGGAGGUCUGGGGCAGCCUGGCCACACUGCGGCGGUACCUGGAGUUCCGGGCCACCUCGCCUGACCUCUUCCAGGCCUUCUAUGAGCUGGAAGAUGUGGUGCAUGUGGUGUCAGCCAACACUGUACAAGCUCUCACCAGGGACACCACUGCCAAGGAGUGAGAGGAGCAGCGGUGCAGUGCCAGACCUGCUUGUGCUGGUGACAGGGACCAGUGCUCUUUGGGGCUGUCACCAGGCUGGCCUGGCCAUCACCAGCAGCUGGGCCAGCUGAGUUGUGCCAUGGGGUUUGCUGUGAGUCUGUGUGUGAGUGGCCUGUCAGAGAGCACUGCAAAGCCACUGUGCUCUGCAUGGCACUCUUUGGGGCAGUGGCAACACUGGUGGCACAAACCUGCUGCCAAAACCUUCUCCUCCCAAGGGGUGGCCUCAACAGCCAACUGGAGCUGCCCCUGGCAGAUAUUUGCUGUGAGUGGUGUAGUCGUGUUUGCCAGUGGGCCAACAUGGAGUGAUUGCUGUGGUGUCCCCAUUCUGGGGGCCAUGGCUCCUGGCUACAAGGUUUCAGGGGGUACCAGGUGCCACCAGCUGCCAUUGCCAUGUGGUGUCCAGAGGUUUGCAAUAGGCAUUAAAAAGGCUGCAUUCAGCACAGCACCGCA